AUGUUUCCAACAACCAGCGUGACUGGGAUCUGGUUGCCUCUUGUAUUGUUUGGCUAUCGAACUUCGAAACAUGCGUCCACUGGAGAGACACCGCACCGACUCAUGUUUGGCAGAAAGGCACGCCUACCUAUAGAUGUGGAGCUACAGAAUCCCCUUCCACAACCUCAACCAACGACUGAUUUUAAGCAAGCAGUUGAGAAACAGUUACAGAUGACAAGAGAAUUUGCAGACAAUGAGAUAGUGCAAGCUCAACACAGACAAAAAAGGAACUAUGACGACGGUAGCCGUGGUCCUGUGUACAAGGUAGAUGAUUAUGUUUGGCUGUAUAACCCAGCAGUACCUAAGGGAUUAUCUCCAAAGCUUGCUAAACGAUACACUGGACCAUUCAAGGUUAUAAAGGUUCAUGGUAGCACCAAUGUCUCUAUCAGACGACCCAAAGGAGGACAUGUCCAGCGAAUUCAUGUCAACAGAGUGAGUCCGUGUUACCGGAGAAUGCCGAGCCAGACUCUAGAAUGUUCUACAAGAAAUAACCAUGCAACCGGACGAGCUUCUCAUGAUCAACGUCAUCCGUCAUCUACAUCGCCCGAGGUGGACAUCCAUCAUCACAUCGACGAGGAGGAAGCAGUCUUGGUAAGAGCCAACGGCAAUGCACUUAAUGUUCAACCUGUUCAAGUCCCUCCAGCACAACCGAUGGUUCCACCUGCACCUCCGCCUGUUAGUCGUGUUGGUCGCCGACUCGUUCAGCCUGCCUGGAUGAGAGCCGGGGAUUACAACGUUGGAUAUUACUGA